CCGCGAUACUGUGCCACUGUGAACACAACUCUCACGAGACGGCGCGAGACACAUGAUGGCGGCCCACUGCAAUCAAACUACUACCCAAACAAACUUCUCCCUUCGGACGUAAAAGCUGAUUUUCUUAAUCAGAUGUUUCCUUUUAUAAAUCGGACUACAACACUUAACGACCAGGACCGCCUGGAGCAAUAGAUCAGCGACUUUUUGUACCGAAUCGGCAUCAUGAACACGGGAGAUAACGUCCGCACUCCGAGCAUCACAACACUCACAUCACCCUCCAGCUCAGGUGUCCAGCAGCUGUUGGUGAUCAAAGAAGAGGAUUCCUCUGAGUGGAACCCCAGCCUGGACCAGAAAAACCCAGAACCCCAAGAAAUAAAAGAAGAACAGGAGGAACUCUGGACCAGUCAGGAUGGAGAGCAGCGUCAUGGGGUUGAGGGGGCUGAUAUCAGCAGAUUCGCAUUCACUGCUGUCACUGUUAAGAGUGAAGAUGAUGAAGAGAAUCCUCAGACUUCACAGCUUCAUCAAAGCCUAACUGAGGACAACAGAGAGGCAGAGCCUCCAACCAGCUCAGCAACACAGAUAAAAACAGAAACUGAAGGAGAGGACUGUGGAGGAUCUGAACCUGCAAGGAACCGAGAUCCAGAUAGUUUUCCGUCACUUGAUACAGAUGAAAAUGCUUCAGACUGUUCUGAAACUGAUGUCAGUUCUGGUGACUGGCAAGAAUCUUUGUCUGAUUCUGGACCUGAAGCAAAAAACAAUGACAAUGGAUGGAAAGAGACAAGGGCACUUGAGUCAGGUGUAAAUGCCCAUGAGGCCCAUGUAAGCGAUGUGGAAUGUAACAGUGCAAAAAAAUCCUGUAGCUGCUUUGAGUGUGAUAAAGGAUUUCACUGUAAGGCCUCUCUUGAGGAACAGGUAAUGUGUAAUUUGGGCAACAGAUCCUCCACUUGUUUGGUGAAUAUGGAAUGUAGAGUAAAUCAAAAGUUAGAUUCCAAAAUGAGUGUCAACACUGGAGAAAAAACAUUUGUUUGUGAUGUUUGUGGUAAGCGAUUUACACAUAAGGGUAGUCUCACAGUACACAUUCGAGUCCACACUGGAGAGAAUCCAUUUGGUUGUGAUGUUUGUGGGAAAAAAUUCUCAAGACAGUGUGUUCUCAGUGCACACAAGCGAGUUCACACAGGAGAGAAACCAUUUGGUUGUGAGAUUUGUGGGAAAAAAUUUUCACAGCUGUCACAUCUUAACCGACACCUCAGAAUCCACACAGGAGAAAAAACAUUUAUUUGUGAUGUUUGUGGAAAAAAAUUUAUUGACCGGGGAAAUCUCCAGCAACACAGGAAAGUCCACAUAGACGAGAAACCAUUUGAUUGUGAUGCUUGUGGGAAAAAAUUCUCAAAACAGUGUCUUCUCAAAACACACAAGCGAGUCCACACAGGAGAAAAGCCAUUUGCUUGUGAGCCUUGUGGGAAACAUUUUUCAAGACAGUCGCAUUUUAACAGACACAUGAGAAUCCACACAGGAGAAAAACCAUUUGGUUGUGAUGUUUGUGCGAGAAAAUUUAAUGAUCGGGGAAAUCUUCAGCAGCACAUGAGAGUUCAUACAGGAGAGAAACCAUUUGGUUGUGAUGUUUGUGGGAAACAAUUCAAAAGACAGGGCACUCUCCAUACACACAAGAGAAUUCACAUAGGAGAUAAACCAUUUGGUUGUGAUGUGUGUGGGAAAAAAUUCGCUGAACGGUAUGAUCUCAAAAAGCACAAGCGAGUCCACACAGAAGAGAAGCCCUUUGGUUGUGAGCAUUGUGGGAAAAGAUUUUUUAUGUUGUCACACUUUAGCAGGCACAUGAGAGUCCACACAGGAGAAAAACCAUUUGGUUGUGAUGUUUGUGGUAAAAAAUUUAAUGAUCGGGGAAAUCUACUGCAACACAGGAGAGUCCACACAGAAGAGAAACCAUUUUUUUGUGAUGUUUGUGGGAAAAGAUUCAAAAGACAGGGCUCUCUUCAUACACACAAAAAAGCCCACACAGGAAAUAGACCAUUCUGUUGUGAUGUUUGUGGGAAAAAAUUCUCAGAACGGUCUGGUCUCAAAAAACACCAGAGAGUCCACACAGGAGAGAAGCCAUUUGGUUGUGAGCCUUGUGGGAAAAAAUAUUCCCAGUUGUCACAUUAUCAUAGACAUAUGAGAAUCCACACGGGAGAAAAACCAUUUGGUUGUGAUGCUUGUGGGAAAAAAUUUAAUGAUCGGGGAAAACUACAGAAACACAGGAGUGUCCACACAAGAGAAAAGCCAUUUGAUUGUGAUGUCUGUGGGGGAAAAUUUAGCCAGCCAGCAAAUCUUAACAGACACAUGAGAGACCACACGGAAGAGAAACCAUUUGGUUGUGAUGUUUGUGGUAAAAAAUUUAUACGACAAGGAAAUCUAAAGACACACAUGAGAGCUCACACGGGGUAAUAACUUUUCAGACUGUCAGAGCAGCAGCAGUAUGCUAUGUCUGUUAUUAAGUCACUGUAACUGGUGUAUGUGUUUCCUCUGUGUUAACCAUAAAAUGUGUUUUCAAAAUACAAGAUUUCAAAAUCAUAUUUUAAAAGUCUAAA